UGUUGCUCCUGAAGAUGUUGGAGGUGUGGGCAGGAAAAGAGAGGGGGAGCCCUAAUAAAGGGUGCACUUUCCUUCCUUUCGGUCCCUCCCUCCAGAUGUUCUUUGCCAGCUGGUGGAUGCUUUCAGCCACCUGGGGAGGCGGCUUUUGCGAGGAGCCAUCCUGGAGGGUCUGGCGGCGGCGAUGAUGUCAGGGACGUAAAUAUCACUCCCUGAGUUGGCCUUUAAUCUAGGAUUUCUUGUCCCCCAGGCUCCUGGAAUGGAGCAGAAAGAGGAUUUGAUUAUCCAUCCUUCGAGGGAUAUAUCUGAGACUCCUAGAGGACAUAAAGCAGAUGGUGACUCUGGUAUGGAGAAGAUUAUGGGGGAGGCGGCCCCCUACAAGUGCUCAGUCUGCAGAAAGAGGUUCAGAAAGACUUCCAACCUUGUCCAACAUGAGAAGAUCCACACUGGUGAAAAGCCCUACAAAUGCUCACAGUGUGGCAAAAGGUUUACCCGGAGCAACAACCUUGCCGAGCAUGAGAGGAUUCACACAGGAGAAAAACCUUAUAAGUGUCCUGAGUGCGGGAAGACCUUCAACCGUAGCUCAAUUCUACUUAGGCACCGGAGAAUCCACACGGGCGACAAGCCCUACAAGUGCCCCAAAUGUGGGAAGAGUUUUGAUGAGAGUGCAAGGCUCCGGGUACACCAGAGGACCCAUGUGACGGAGAUGGCCUACCUCAUUGACAGCAAUGGGGAGGCCACCACCAUUGAUACCAGCGGAGUGGCUCAUAGCUGCUCUGACUGUGGCAAAACAUUUAGCCUAUAUUCCAAUCUUAUUAAACACCAAAGAAUUCACACAGGGGAGAAGCCGUACCGGUGCACCCAGUGUGGGAUCAAUUUCAGCGAGGCCUCCAAUCUGAUUCGGCACCAGAGGUAUCAUGCACGGGACAAACCCUACAAAUGCCCCAUGUGCCAGAAGAGCUUUGGCCAGAGUUCACACCUCAUUCAGCACCAAAGAAUCCACACCGGUGAACGCCCUCACAAAUGCCCUGAUUGUGGCAAGAGCUUUAUUGAGAACUCCACUCUGAAAAAGCACCAGAGAAUCCAUACUGGAGAGAAGCCCCACCGGUGCGUGGAAUGUGGGAAAAGUUUCAGCCUCAGCUCUCACCUGGUGACGCACCAGAGAAGCCACACUGGAGAGCGGCCCUACAAAUGUGAAGAUUGCGGGAAGGGGUUCACUGAUACAUCCUCUCUCAUUAUUCACCGGCGAAGCCACACGGGGGAAAAACCCUACAAGUGCGAUGUCUGUGGGAAGGGGUUUGUCCUGAGCUCUGUUUAUCUGAACCACCACCGGACUCACACUGGAGAGAAACCUUUUGGGUGCCCAGAUUGUGGCCGAGCCUUCCGCCAGUGGUCACAGCUGGUCAUUCAUCGGAGACUCCAUACAGGGGAGCGGCCCUACAAGUGUCCCUAUUGUGACAAGGGGUUCUGUGACAGCUCCACCCUGACAAAACACAAAAGAACCCAUACCGGAGAGAAACCUAACACAUGCGCAGAAUGUGGGCUCAGCUUUGGCUCAAAAACGCUGCUUGUGGAACAUCAGACACUUCAUGGGGAAGAGGCAUCUGCUAUGGCCAUCCUGUAGGCUGGGGCGAGGGGCAUUUACAACCUUACCUUUUAUAUCAGGGGUGGCUGUUCUGUGGCCCUCAGAUGUCAUUGGAGUCUGGUUCCCAUCAGCCCCUUCUGCUACGGCCAGUGGUCAGGGAUGGUGGGAGUUGUCCAACAACAUCUAGAGAAGCACAGGCUAGUCACUGCUGUCUUUCUAUACGAGUUUCUUCCCUUCCGAAAUGCCCAUCAAUUGGAAAAUGUGUGGAAUAGUUCUGCAGACUGUUGGUCCCCUCUGUAUGUCCACAUUCAUUCUUGACCCUUUGCUUCCAGCGUCAGUAAGCAUGGCAAUCUUUAUCUCUUUCCUUAAUGUGAGGUGAGUUGGUUACUGGGCAUGCAAAUAGGUCUGAGAUGCAGGUGGACAUUGAAGAGAUGGCUGGUAAUGUCACAUAGGCAUUGAUGCCUCUUGGAAGCAAGGGAAAGAAGAGAUAUUCCUCUCAUUGGUUCCUACCAAUGGGGAUAUCUGUGGGGGCUCCUUUCCCAAACAUGGAUUAUUGCCUUCCCCUUACUCUUGGCUUUCAGAGAAUGCAUAUCCCACCUAGACCGGCAGAACAGUUCUGGUGGAGAAAGUAGACAAACUCACUAAGUAUGGAACGUUGAGGUGUUUUAUUGAGGAUCAGCAAAGAUCAACUCUUGAGACUUCAAAGAAGAAACCAGCUGAAGACCUUUCCUCUGUUCUUUCUCAAUGUAAGAGUUUGAGAAUGUAAGAACAGUAGUUUCUCUAGCAUAGUACUAUUAUUAAGGGUUAAUAAGUACUAUAGCUGCUAUUUUUCCCUGCAUUCCACUUAAUGCUGCAAAAUCUUUUUUCUCUUUGUGAAAGGAAUAUCCCUUAAUCCAUGGAUUUCAUGGAAGAGACCCAAAGUGCUUUGUCCAAAACCCUAAUCCAGUGUGUGUCCAUAAAAAUGUUUUUUAAAUUGUCUUUUUAAAAUGCCAGUUUUGAAUUAGACUUUGGAUAUAUUGCAAAACUAACAGCACACUCCCCCUUCCCCACUUCCUCAGGGCCAGAGGCAAGGAGCAGCACAGAAGCCUUUGGCCCCGUUUUAGAUUAUACAAAGCUUGCUGUGUUGUUGGAACCUGGACAAAAUGUAGUUAAGAUUAGCUAUGGCUUGUUGAAAGAAGCCAGCUUCAAAUAAUAGUUUGAUAAGCUGACCCAUUUUCAACAAACCAUAGUUAAUCACAGUUAAUAGGGUUUGGGUGGAACACUAAACUGUGGUUAAUCUAAAACAGAAGGAAAACCCUCCACUUUCUAUACAAGCACACAGGAGGGGGGAACAUUCAAGCCUAAAGCUUGUCCUCUUAACACUAUACCAGAGACGGCAAACCCACAAGCCCGAUUCAGCCCAUCCAGCUGUUUCUACUAGCCCCUCUCCCCCGUAGCCUCCUCUUACCUUUUAAAAAAAUAGUUUUCUCCUCUUGCUGUGGCUCCGUUACAAGUAGGCCUUAUUGCUCAGAACCUCCUUCUUGCUUCCUUCUUGCAGUGGUACCUCAGCAGAGAAAGAAGAGGCCAGUUUUGUAGGCAACUUUCUUCACUGUUUUUCCACCCCCAGCCCAGUGCUGCAAGGAGGAACCCCCUCUCCACUGAUUGACAGAAGCAGGGUGCUAUUUCUGUAUGUGUGUGCGCAUGUGCCUGAAUGUGGCCCCAUCUGUACUAUACACUUAAAGCAGUAGCAUACCACUUUAAACGGCCAUGGCUUUCCCCAAAGAACCCUGGGAGCUGUAGUUUAUUAAGGGUGUUGAGAGUUGUUAGGAUACCUCCUGUUCCCCUCACAGAGCAACAAUUCCUUGACUUCCCUGAGAAGAGGGAUUGAUUGUUAAGCCACUCUGGGAAUGGUAGCGCUGUGAGGGGAACAAGGGACUCCUAACAACCCUCAGCAUCCUUUAACUAUAAUUCCCGGGAUUCUUUGGGGGAGGCCAUGGUUUAAAGUGGUAUAAUACUGCUUUAAACAUAUAGUGCAGAUGGGGCCUAAGUGUGUGUACAAGGUAUGCAGGCCUCAGGGUUGACCCUCCCUCAAUGCAGUCCUCGGACCAGAAAAAGGUUAGUUGCCCUCAUGCUAACCCAUGAUUAAGCUUUGCACGUAAGCCAGGCCUGUUUCUAACCUGACGCCACGUACAAAGGUAAUCCAAACAUUUCUUUCUCUAAAACACUCUAUUGUUGAAGUGGUUACUGUACAUUUCUACCCUCUGAUCUCUUGUGUGUUUCAUCUGCAAAAUGUUUGUUUCUUCCUCAGCAGCGGAAAUUGAUCAAGUGAAGUUAUGUGAGAGCGGAGUACUUGAUUUAAUGAAAGCUCCUUCCAGUUGCUCCUCCAACAGUUCAAGGAAAUGUUACAGCACUGUAUCUUGCAGGAGGGUUUUGUUCUGUCUUUGGGGGAAAGUGGUGGUCAAAAGGGUCCAAAACCAGACUGGACACUAUUCCAAGAUGGUCUGUGUCAGCUCUGAAACAAUCAAAUAUGGACAAUGAUGAUUUUGUCUUAAUUGCCUUAAAAUCCUUCCAACUAGGAUUGCAAUAUUUAGUCAACUAUUUGAUUAAAAACUUUGAUACCCCCCAUUAAUUGGGAAACAGAUUUUUUUAAAUUGUUAAUUUUUAAUACAAAUUUUUACAAAAAUUGUGAUAGAUAGGUACUGCUUUAGGAGAGGCAAGCCUUCCUUUCCCUCUCUUAGGAGAAAAAUGCUGCUUCUAAGCAAGUUCCUAUCAUGUCGCUUCUAUGCAUUAAACAAGUGAGAAUUUUUUUCCUAAUUCACAUGCAAGUUUAUGCAGACUUAUGCAAUGAACAGACCAAGAUGUCUUUGUUUGAUAAGUCCCAUUUCUAACACCACUAUCUGGAAAUCAGAAGUGGGAAAUAAUAAAAGUAACAGGCUACUGAAUAAAACGGCCCAUAUUUUCGUGUAUACCAGCUCCUAGAGGGGGUUAGCAACUAGAGUUCCCUGGGCCAAAUCCAGUCUCCCAAAAGAUGCUGACUUGCCCCCAACUUAGAAGCAAAAGAGAUGUUGCAAUUCUGUGGCAACAGAUCUUGCUAACACGGCACUUCCAUGGUGAUUGUGGGGAGGCUUGGGGAAGCUCCUGAAUUUACCCUUCCAAGAAAAUGAAUUCCUGACCAGGGUCCUACAGAGAGCUGAAGCGAUGUGAUGUUUUUCUAACCCACCCUACGAUCAUUUGGUGAAGGACAAGCUAGAAGUAUAAUAUAGAUAGAUAGAUACUGGCUCAUGUCCAAACCAAGACAGCUACAUGUAGUUCCUAUGGAAAUCAGUGGGAACAAAGUUAUGGCUACAAUGUCCCCUUGAUUUCAGUGAAAGCGAAGUGCAACUAACUUGGAUUCAGCACAUUUGAUUUAUGGAUGAGGCAUGUGUGCGAUGGGUUGACCAGGUAGUAUGGACAAAAACUUCACCUGAUGGCAGCUUUCUCAGGGCCAAUUUUAGCCAUGGCAUCAAACCAGAAAAUAAUUUAUCCCAUUUGUCUGGGAAAGUCCCAACUAGUGUGGAAGCUGUGCAGAUCUUCAUCCCAAAAGAAGCUGCAUCCAAACUAUGCUUUGGACCGUCAAGAGUCCUAGAGCAGGAAUUGCCAACAUGGUGCCCAUGGAGCCUCUGACACACCCCCACGUUGCUCCCUUUGUGGUAAAAAAGGUUCUUUUCUUCCUUUGUAAAGUACAUAAAGCUAAAGGAGGUAGAAGAGUUUCACUCUUCACCAAUUCCUCUUUUGUGUCUGUGCUUCUCAAGGCUUGGAUUAAUUCUGCUGGAUCUGAUUUUUAGCCAGCUCCCUUGGAAGAGUGUAGUGUGUUAUAUGCUUUCUCUCGGGUGAAGAGAAGUGACCAAAGGGGGUGGCACCCACAGGUCUAAAAUGUUUGGCAACCCCUGACCUACAGAAAAGCCUCCUGGUAGCAUGAAUAUAUGAUUCGGGGUGGGCUAGAGCUUAUUUUGGGAUGCAAAACUCUUCAAUAUCUAAUCUCAGUUCCCAAGCUGCAUAAGGGAUUGGCUUCGGCCUCGUUGAUUUCAGCUUCCUAAACAGUUGUUGAGAUACUGCUCUUUAAAAAAAAAAAAGGCACCCCUAACAUUGAGUUGCUUAGGUAUACUUCAACUGCACAUGUACAAAGAUCUGUGCAUACCCUCAACAUGGGCCUCCACACAUGACAACUGGAUCUUUUUUUUCAUAUUCGUGAAUUUUAUUAUAUAAUAUACAGCAGUGUGAGGGUAAAAAGUUGGCAUAGAAAUCUGGCAGCAGAAGGAAGACCACAUGCUCCUUGGACUCCCGACUUAAGUUUCAUCAUAAUAAAAGCCUCAAUUUGGGUUUACAUGGCAAGAUUAAAAAAAAAAAAAGACGAAUAAAUCUGCAAGCUCAGGCAUAUUUCCCCUAUUCCCUUCUUCCCUGCAUUUCAAAAAACAAACAGGAAGUGUUUCAAUCAUUUGCAGUCCAGGACUUUUACCAACCACAACAUGCAAGGGGAUGAGGAAAUGCCGCUUCCUUUCCUCAACACCAGCCGGUCAGCUACCCAAAGCCCUUACGUGAAGGCUUGCCUCUUCCCCUACCACUAACCUCCUUAGGACUAUGAGCCCCUAAGGCAGAGAGGCUUAUCCCAAAUCCUGCUAACCACUCCUAUAUCACUGGGGGUGGUAUCAAAGCUGGUUACAUGUAAACUCGCCCUAAAUCUUUUCCACUGAAGGAUGGGGUCAACGAGUUACUAUCUCUCCCCUCUUGCAGCUGAACCAUUU